AUGUACCAGCUUACCCCAGACAAUCUCGACACCACUCCUGAGGAUGAUACACCCCUCAUCCGAGCCGCAACCAAUGCCAACAUAGCCGUCCUCGAAACCUGCCUGACUCUGUACGAAAGGCUCGAGAAGGCAAGACAAGGCCGGCCCCUGGACUCCCUGCGGUAUGGCCACAUCAUACGUGGACUUAACCCCAAUACAACCGUGGAGAUUCUCGGGAGAAUCGGAUCCCCCCUCAACGCUGCUGUGGCCGCAAAUCUCCCAGACCAUAAGGGGAAUUGCGCACCCUGUUUGUCCGCUGACUUACCUAGAGAUCGCGGAGCGUCGAGCUGGCUUUGCGCAGUUCUGGACGGAGCCCGACUUUCGGUGCGACCGGCGGAGAGCCGGCGUCCGCAACGGGCUUUGACUUCUCUGGAGGUGGCGGCAGGGGAUGGAAACGUAGAGAUUCUUGAUAUUCUGCGGGCUGGAGGGGCGGAUGAGUCUGCUUGGGUGCAGCCAGAACGGAAUACAGGUACAGGUACAGGUACAGGCGAUGUGAGUGCAACAGACCAAGAGAAGAGCUCAUUUGAUAUCCGACACGGUACGGACGUGCCAGUUUCCGCCUUGUCCGCUACCUCCCCAGUCCAUGAAGCCAUCGCCGCCGGGCGUGUGCGGAUGUUGUGGCAUCUGCUCUCAACCUGCGGGUAUUCCCCCAACUAUCGUCCCCGCGCCGCGCCCACACUCGCUCUCCCGCCCCUGUCGUACGCGCUCGCUCGGUGCGAUCUCAGUGACCCAGGUGUCCAAAGCUGGACGCUAACCUCCGCACCCCCAUCUUCAACAUCCACCCUCUCCAUUUCGCCACGGCGCAUCACAACCCCGACCUUCUCAUUUGGCUUGCCGGGUUCAUUCCAAGCGGAUUCGCCGCGGCGAAACAAACGGCUUUGGGCCAUACGCUCCUACACGUGGUCUGCCUCCCGCUGCAUGCAGGGAAUAUAG